CGCUCACAUUCUUCUCUCUUUGACGAAGCAACGAACUCUUACUUCGCACGUUAUACGGCUGUUCUUUCGUUGGUCAAACGCGCGAGCAAUACGAACGCGCCACUCACUAGAAGUGCGUUUUUUAUUUCAGCCUCCCAUCUAUUAGUGCCAGAACUCUCACCAAAACACGCCAUUAAUUACUGGAGGUCUGACAGCUUUCGCCCCGGUGUUUGGCGUGUGGCGCUGUUGAUUGAAAUGUCGGACUAGGCUUGAUAAAUGGCGUUAUUGCGUGUAUUUAGGUUGUCAGAGGGGAGGUGGGGAGUCUCUCUACUCGGACUCUGCACAGCCUCCUGCCAGACCGAUAGCUGGAGGUAUGCCAGACAUGGAAAGGGGUGGGUCUCCACAGUUUGAGGAGAUUUCUUGGAGGAAUUUAGUGGGGAUCUAGGGGGCAGAAAGAGAUUUACGAAUUGAUAGGUGGUCGCGUUUUGUUUGGCCGCACGUCUUUGCGCCAGAGGACUCUGGAGCAUUGAGUUUCCUUCUCUUAAAGGAUUAGUCCUCACGAUGGCCACCAAGAGACUAAGGAGGGGUCGCUACCCUGGCGACACACAGCUGGUGGCUUCAACGAGGAGCGCGUCCUGCGAGCAGAGCAGAAUUUUGGCACACUGACCUCGGCCGCCUUGAAGAGUCAUUGGCUUUUAAGGGAGAUUUUCUUGGAGUACCUAUAGUUUUCUCCUUUAUUUUAUAGCCUGAGGUGCUUUUGACUGAAUCUUUUUCAAGACUGAUCCUAUCGUUUUACAUUCAUUCAGCUUCCUUUAGGCUGCAAGGCUUAGCAAUGACGACUGAAAGCUCUCAGCAGCAGCUUGACCCGCCGCCUCCCCUCAGAUCCAGCCCGACAUCCAGUGGUAUGCACUCGGCGCUUCAGAGCACACAGACAGUGCUGGAGAGCACAGCUGCGACCGGUAGCAAAGGCAAAAAGUCCAAUUCGGGCAUGAGGCGCCCCGAAAAGCCACCUUAUUCCUAUAUCGCUCUUAUAGUCAUGGCGAUACAGAGCUCUCCGACCAAAAGGUUGACGCUGAGUGAAAUUUAUCAGUUCCUCCAGGCUCGCUUCCCGUUUUUUAGAGGUUCCUACCAGGGCUGGAAAAAUUCUGUCAGACACAAUUUGUCUCUCAACGAAUGUUUCAUCAAACUUCCCAAGGGCCUCGGGCGGCCGGGUAAAGGCCACUAUUGGACCAUCGACCCCGGGAGCGAGUUCAUGUUCGAGGAGGGCUCUUUUCGACGCAGGCCCCGCGGUUUCCGAAGGAAAUGUCAGGCUCUCAAACCCAUGUACCGCAUGAUGAACGGAAUCGGCUUCGGCGCUUCCAUGCUGCCGCAAAACUUUGACUUCCAGUCGCCCUCCUCGUCCCUGGCCUGCCACGCCAAUGGCUAUAAUCUGGACAUGAUGACCAACGCGGUGCCUGGCGUUCACGCGGGAUACGAUGGCCUUAGUGCAGGUCAUCAUGUCUCACACAUGUCACCAAGUCCGGGCUCCACGUACAUGACGGCAUGCCAAGUCGCUUCCAACGGCGAGUACGGCCCAGACAGCAGCAACAGCCCGCUUCACUCACCCCCGGCGAUGAGCGGCUCUCUGGAGUGCCAUUCGCCGUAUGGAGCCGCCUCGGCACAUUGGGCUUCAUCAGGCGUGUCUCCUUAUAUUAAACAGCAGCCACUAACUUCCAGCAGCCCGACCUCCUCUGGAUUACACUCGAGUAUGCCUCCGUAUUCUCUGGAGCAAAGCUAUCUCCAUCACAACGGCAGAGACUCGGCCGACAUCUCAGGAAUGUCUCGAUACCAAAGCCACUCAUCGCCAGUCUGUGACAGAAAAGACUUUGUGCUGAACUUCAACGGUAUAACGUCGUUUCAUCCAUCCACCAGUGGAUCCUAUUAUCAUCAUCAGCUUCAUCAUCACCAAGGAGUCUGUCAAGAUGUAAAGCCGUGCGUUAUGUAAUUUAAACUAUGACAAGCAGGGGAGGGGGAGAAUAAUACAUCUAAAGUACGGACUGAGCUCGCAAGUUACGAGACUGUGUGUGCUUGAUGCACGGUUCUCUACGAAGAAUAAAUAAAAUAAAUGGAAGACGUGAAAGUGAAGCCGCUUAUCUCUCAGUAUUCACUGAGAGAAACCAUGAAGGAAGAAAUGAAUUGAUCGGAACUGAGGACUCCAGAGGGAGCGAGAGUGUGCUGGAAAGUUUAUGAAAUAUAUUUACUAUAUUGGAAAAACCUCGAAACAUCUGCAAAUAAAUAAGGAGACACGUUGUUUAACAAAACGGUUUUAUUCCAGUCCAUAAUCAAUAGCCAAAUCUCUUGUAUGAAUUCAAUAAGGAUGAGAGGGCAAUGUGCUCAAUAAGUGAGCAUAAUAAAGUCGUAGUAAAAUUAAAACUUGUUAUUUUAGAUGCACUCAGCAACACCACGAAAUACAGAAUUUACAGUUCAGUGGUGUGGGAUUUGAUGCGUGUCGCAAACCCACUUGAAUACAAAUUAUCUUAUUUGUCUAAACCUUAUGUGUGUUUCUUUUUGACAGCUCUUCGAUGAUUCCACCUCUUAUAUUUUCAGGGGUGAAUGUGUAGGUCUGUGGGUAAUUUCCUGUGUAAAAGGAAAAAGGCCUACGAAAACCAUAAUAGAAUAAUAAUGAUUGCACUUUUGUUAGUUUAACAAGUUGACAAAACAUUUAUGUACAGUACAAUAAAACGAUGUAUUCUCAAAAA